AGGCUGACUCGCUUCUUCGAGGAACACUGUCACCCCGAUGAGGAAAUCCGCUUGAUCCGCGACGGCUCCGCAUACAUGGAUAUUCGGGACGCCAAUGACGAAUGGAUCCGACUGCGUCUCUCCCCUGGAGUUCACAUUGUUUUGCCUGCUGGAAUCUAUCAUCGCUUCACUCUGGACACCAUGAACUACUUGAGAGCGAUCAGGAUGUUCAAGCACAUUGGUCCUUGGACGUCCUUCAAUCGCUGUCCAUCCACCGAUCGUAGCCCUCACCGUUUGACGUACUUGGAGCGCUACGGAAGAGACACCUUUGACAUGUCAGCACAUCUUAGUAUGAUGUGA